AUGCCUCCAAAGGAACUCACGCCGCAUCAAGUAUCCAAAGGCUUAUCCUAUGUGCACAAGGAAGCACCAUUCCUAGCAAGACUCAAGAGUGAACGUCAAGGAGAAGUCAAAAUACAAGCCCGAUUCCAAGAUUAUGAAGAUGGACAAGACGAUGAGGACUACGAUGAACUCGAAGGCGCACAGAUCGUCACCUUGGAUAAGCACGGCAAAGAGGUACACGAGAAUGAAUCCAAGGAGGAAGACGAUGACAACAAUGAAACCAAGACAAGUGACAAUGAACGAGAAGAUAAGCCAGCUGUGGAUGAAAAUGGAAGGAUAUUGUUUCGUGCAAAGAAGCGCAAGGCGGCUUCCUCCAAGGAUGAUGAAAAGGACGAGACCACCAAAGAAUCUAGUAGUAGUAGUUCUAGUGCCAAGAAGCCUAAGAAGAAAAAAUCGAAAAAAGUCAUCAAACUUUCAUUUGACGGGGACGAGGACGAAUAA